AAGCUGAAUCCAAAUGUAAAUACAGAAAAAUGAUCCACAUCCAUUUUCCCGCCUGUUCAUUUCACUUCGAUUUCGAAAUCAAAGCACAGAAAACUCUUCACCCAUCUCUUCACUUCUCUCUCUCUUUCUCUCUCUCUCCAUGGCUCCACCCUUCAUCUUCCCCCCAACCCUCCACGCCCUCGAAGCCGACCACGACGACGGCCGCCUCUCCACCCAGAACCCCACCGAUGUCUCCUCCCUCCGCCCCUCCCAACUCGAAGACUUCGUCAAAGGCCUCUCGUUCGACCUUUCGGACAAAGAGCUCUUCUGCAUCGAAGAGCAAGACGUGUUCGACCGCGCCUACUCGGUCGUCAAGGGCUUUGCUGCUCUCCCUCCCGCUUGUAAAUUCAAUCUCGUCGAGAGCCUCCGGUCGAACCUCAGUGUCCUUCUCCCGAACGUUGAUUCGCUAUCGAGGAAUUCUCGGGCUUUGGAGGAGGAGGAGGCCCCGGUUGUUGAUCGAGUCGCUUCGCACAGAAAUACGUUCAAAAUCUACACAUUUUUUCUUAUCCAUGUUGUGCUUAUUGAGGAGUCUAACAUUAGUUCCAAUAAUAGUUCCAAGGUGGUGGCAAGUAGUCGGAAGAAACCGCUCACAAAUUCAUGGAAUUGGGAAUCCCAAAGGGGUCGAAUACUAAACUUGAUUGCCAAUUCGUUAGAGAUCAACCUAUCCUUGCUCUUUGGAUCAUCAGACCCGGAUGAAAAUUAUCUGUCUUUCAUUGUCAAAAAUGCUUUCUCAAUGUUUGAGAAUGGGAGUCUGCUAAAAGACUCAGAAACAAAAGAGGGUUUGUGUCGUAUAAUUGGGACUUGUGCCACCAAAUAUCACUAUACAGCACAAUCAUGUGCUUCAAUUUUGCACCUCAUUCACAAAUACGACUUUGUGAUCACCCACUUGGCUGAUGCGGUUGCCGGGGCUGAGAAAAAGUAUGCUGAUGGAAGCCUGGCCAUCUCCCUUAUCAGAGAAAUUGGAAGGGCUAACCCGAAAGACUAUGUGAAGGACACUGUUGGGGCUGAAAACAUUGGGCGUUUUCUGGUGGAGCUUGCCGAUAGGCUGCCAAAGUUGCUCUCAGCUAAUAUUGGUAUUUUGGUCCCACACUUCGGUGGGGAAUCAUAUAAGAUAAGGAAUGCUCUUGUUGGGGUAUUAGGGAAGUUGGUUGGAAAGGCUUUCAAGGAUGUUGAGGGUGAAGUGAGUUCCAAAUGCAUUCGUCUUCGAACUAAGCAAGCAAUGUUGGAAAUUUUGGUCGAACGGUGCCGAGAUGUUUCGGCUUACACCAGGAGUCGUGUUCUUCAAGUCUGGGCCGAACUAUGUGAAGAACAUUCCAUAUCCAUUGGGUUGUGGAAUGAGGUUGCAGCAGUGGCUGCUGGAAGGUUAGAGGACAAGAGUGCAAUUGUUAGAAAAUUUGCAUUAAAUUUACUGAUAAUGAUGUUGCAGCAUAAUCCUUUCGGUCCACAACUUAGAAUAGCUUCUUUUGAAGCAACAUUGGAGCAGUACAAGAAGAAGUUAAGCGAUCUUGAACCAAAUGCUACUUCAGAGAGUGUUUUGGAUGGAGUUACAUCAGAUAAUGAUACUUCAAAUGGAGAUGGCGAGGUUGAUAAUGCAGAUGCUGAAGUGGUGUCCAAGGAGCAGCAUGAGAGUUUAGCUGAUAGCUGCUUGCCUCAGGAGGAUAGUUCGGUUCCAGAUCUUGGGAAUCUGGAGCAGACUAGGACCUUGGUUGCUUCGCUGGAGUCAGGCUUGAAAUUUUCAAAAUGUGUAUCUGCCACUAUGCCAACUCUAGUUCAACUGAUGGCUUCGUCUUCAGCAACUGACGUUGAAAAUACCAUUCUCCUAUUAAUGAGGUGCAAGCAGUUCCAAAUUGAUGGGUCAGAAGCCUGCCUCCGCAAAAUGUUGCCUCUGGUAUUUUCACAAGACAAAUCGAUUUAUGAAGCUGUGGAGGAUGCAUUCAUCACGAUAUAUGUUGUAAGGAAGAGCCCCACAGAAACUGCAAAAAAUCUUUUAUAUCUUGCUAUAGAUUCCAACAUUGGGGAUCUUGCAGCUCUGGAGUUUAUAGUGGGUGCAUUGGUAUCCAAAGGUGAUAUAACCACAAGCAUGAUAUCCGCAUUAUGGGAUUUCUUUUGCUUCAAUAUUAGUGGAACCACUGCAGAGCAAAGCCGGGGUGCUCUAUCUGUUUUGUGCAUGGCAGCAAAAUCAUCUACUGCGGUUCUUGGUUCCCACUUACAGGACAUCAUAGAUAUUGGGUUUGGUCGUUGGGCAAAAGUGGACCCUUUGCUUGCUAGAACAGCAUGCCUUGCACUUCAGAGAUUGUCUGAAGAGGACAAGAAAAAACUAUUAUCAAGCAAUGGCAGCCGGGUUUUUGGUAUUUUAGAAAGUUUAAUAACUGGCUUCUGGCUUCCACAGAACAUAUGGUAUGCUGCUGCCGAUAAAGCAAUAGCAGCAAUAUAUGCAAUCCAUCCAACACCUGAAACCUUAGCCGCUGAUUUGGUGAAGAAAUCUCUUACUUCUGUAUUUAAUUGUUCUGGUGGAGAUGAGUUGCAAAAUGACAUUUCCAGUGGUAACACCAAUUUCCUUACCACAGUACAAGUCACAAAUCUUAGUAGAUAUCUAUUUGUUACGAGCCAAGUUGCCAUGUACCAAUUGCUAUAUAUUGAAACUUGUGUGCGGAAGAUUCAAAAAGAGAGAGCAAAGAAACAAAAAUCGGAUUCUGAGGGCCAGAAUGUUCAAAACAGUUGCACAAUGUCUGUUGAUUCCCCAAAGGACAAUGGCAUCAAUGCUGAGUUAGGUGUUGCAGCCUCUGAAGAUACAAUGCUUGAUACCCUGUCAGAAAGAACAGAGAAAGAAAUUGUUUCUGGUGGUUCCACUGGGAGGAACUUGAUUGGACAUUGCGCAUAUUUCUUGUCGAAACUUUGCAGAAAUUUUAGUUUGAUGCAGAAGUAUCCUGAGCUACAGGCACCUGGAAUGCUAGCUCUGUGUCGGUUCAUGAUUAUAGAUGCAGAAUUUUGUGAAGCAAAUCUCCAGCUUCUCUUCACUGUCGUGGAAAGCGCUCCAUCAGAAACUGUUCGUUCCAAUUGCACGUUCGCUCUUGGAGAUCUAGCAGUUCGUUUUCCUAAUCUGGUGGAACCAUGGACAGAGAAUGUAUAUGCUCGUCUACGGGAUGCUUCUGUUUCUGUUAGGAAGAAUGCUGUAUUGGUUCUUUCUCAUCUAAUUUUAAAUGACAUGAUGAAGGUGAAAGGAUACAUAAAUGAAAUGGCAAUGCGCCUAGAAGACGAAGAAGAAAGGAUCUCGAAUCUAGCCAAACUUUUCUUUCAUGAGUUGUCAAAGAAAGGACACAACCCUGUAUAUAAUUUACUACCUGAUAUUCUUGGCAAGUUAUCCAAUGAGAACUUGAAGAGAGAGUCUUUCUGCAACAUUAUGCAGUUUUUAAUUGGUUCCAUCAAGCGGGACAAACAAAUGGAAGCUCUAGUCGAGAAGCUUUGCAAUAGAUUCUGUGGGGUUACAGAUGUUAGGCAAUGGGAAUACAUUUCUUAUUGCCUUUCUCAGCUGGCAUUCACUGAAAAGGGUAUGAAGAAGCUGAUGGAGUCAUUUAAAUCAUAUGAACAUAUCCUGUCUGAGGAUUCUGUGAUGGAUAAUUUCAGGAAUAUUGUUAACAAGACAAAGAAGUUUGCCAAACCAGAACUGAAAUCAUGUAUUGACGAGUUUGAGGAGAAACUUGUUAAGUUUCACUUGGAGAAGAAGGAACAAGAACGUACUGCCCAAAAUGCGCAAACUCAUCAACAAAAACUUAGUAGCUUAGAAAGUUUUGUGGUCGUUAAAAAUGGAGAGGAAAGUGCAGAAUCUGAAAUUUCUCAAGAUGAAGCAGAUUCUGAAGUCACUGAUCCAUUAAUGGAAGGGGCAGCCCAGUCAUCGAGUGAUGUAUCAAAGUCCAAAGUUGAGUUGGAUGAACAUUCUCAGGCUUCCAGUGUGGUGACAGAAUCGGAGACAUUUCAGGAGGAAGUUCAAUCCCCUACAAUACAUCCACGAGGAACCUCUAAAUCAUCAAAAGCCAAGAAAUCCAGCAUGAAAGUUCAAACGGGUGAUACUUCGGCCUCUGCUAGAAGAACUAUUAAGUCAAAACAAAGGUAGAAGUGGGGUCUAAUGUUACCAAAUUGAUUUUGGCUUUGUUUCUCUCUCUAAGCAAAGGACGAAGCAUCCUCUGUCGAGUUGAGUUGUAUGCAAGUUGUCUGUUGUUAGGAAAAUGGCUUUUUUUUCCUCCCCUUUUUCUUGUUCCUUUCUUUUUACUCCUUUUCUUUAGGUCUUGCAUUAUUACGUGCAUAAAUCUAUUGAAAGGAUGCGGAUCAAAAAAAAAAAAAAAAUCUAUUGAAAGGAUGAAUACUUACGUAGUAUGGCUGAUUGGGAUGAAUAUUUAAUUCAUCCAUGCGUAGUGACAGUUGCAUUGUACAUGACAGGUUAUUACUAACAUUGAGAAUUCUGUCAGUUGUGACUUUUGAACACAUGAACGGAUCA